UUGUGAUGGCGGUUGUCUCUUCGUUUCCUCUUCUCCGUCUGCCCCUGCAAAACCUAAAAGAUGUUCUUCUCAACAUGGGAAUAAUGGAACAAGCUCUAUUCUCAGUGCUCUCUGUUAGGACGAAGAAAUUUGUCAGACAGUUCAGCGUCUUUAAGAACAUCAGAAUGCACAUAAGACUGUUCUCUGGUUCGGUGAAAGUUGAAAUUACUUGUAAUCAAGUCAACGGAUCUAUUUCUUGUUUAUUUGAAGAUGAACACAUGUCUGUGGGUCGUGUAUACAUUCUUCCAGUACAUGCUAGAAUAUAUUUUACCACACCUGAUGUCAGGAGCUGGUUGAAUCAUUUUCUCUACAUCAUCAAUCCAUCGAAAAUUGAUGUUUUGGAAUAUUUUGAAAAUUCUGCGGAAUUUCAUGAACAACGUUUUCAAAUCUCUGUGGAUUGUUUGAAAGAUCUGAAUAUUCUGAAACUACACAUCAAUUUUAAUGGUCAACUGGAGCUAGUUCCAAAGCUCAUCGGUGCAUUUCAACCGCAAAACUUGCUCAGUUUACGUUCGUAUCCAAGACCACCAUUUGACUCCUCCCAAAAGUCUGAACUACGUCAAAUUUUGUCCCAGCAGUUUCAAACCUUUAUUUUGGAAGUUGACAUACCGUUGAAAGAACUACUUCACACAAACUGCUCAUACGUUUACCUUUCCAGUUCAUUGCUAACAGAUAAGGAUAUUAACGUGUUCUUGAAACAUUGGUUGGCAGGUUUGAAGCCAAAGCUUGAAUUUCUUUGGCUUGUAAGAAGUGCCCAAGUUUUCAAUCCAACUACGAUUCUCGAAGGAAUACCACAUGAAGUUGCACCAAAUGACAGGGAAUUGAAAUUGCAUUAUAAUAUGCUAACCAAAGUCGGAGGAGUCGACAUCGACCUGGGUGGAGGCAUCAAGGCAACUAUGAUCUUUGAUGUUAACUUUCCAAAGCUUUAUAUUGCUGUUCAUAACACCGAAUACAUUUCUUUCAAAUAAUUCUACCAUGUUUGAUUCAAUAAACUUAUUUUUAACAAU